AUGCUGCACACAGCCUCACUCCUACACGACGACGUCAUAGACGCCUCACCCCUUCGUCGGGGUGCCCCCUCCGCCCCAAGCAAAUUCGGUAGCAAGCUCUCUGUAUUGGGAGGGAACUUUAUCUUAGGCAGAGCCUCAACUGCAUUAGCCAGGCUCGGUGACGCGGAAGUCACGCAGCUUAUCGCGAGUGUUAUAUCGAAUUUGGUGGAGGGGGAGAUUUUGCAGAUGCGGGAUAAGACGUACCUCAAAACAGCGAGCCUCAUGGCCAAGGGCGCACGGUCGGCCGUUGUGUUGGGUGGGUGUGAAGAGGGCGAGGUGUGGAAGGAUAUAGCGUAUGCUUAUGGACGGAAUGUGGGAAUUGCUUUUCAGCUAAUAGACGACAUACUCGACUACGAAUCAACAUCGACACCGGGCUCCGCAGAUCUAACACUCGGUAAACCAGGCGGUGCGGAUCUUCAACUUGGCUUAGCCACCGGACCAGCUCUGUAUGCUUGGGAAGAGUUUCCCGAGAUGGGGGAGCUGAUUGGGAGGAAGUUUGAGGGUCCUGGGGAUGUUGAGAUGGCCCGCUCCCUAGUCCACCGCUCCUCAGGCGUUCACCGCACUAAACUCCUCGCCAAAGAAUUCGCGGAAAAGGCCAAGGAGGUCCUUGAUGAGCUUCCGGAGAGCGUGGCGAAGAGAGGGUUGGUGGCGUUGACGGAGAGGGUUGUUGGAAGGCGGUCGUGA